CCCAAAUAAGUCAUAAAACCCCCAAAAAUCAAUCAACCAAUGAAAAUCAUGUUCAUUAUACGCAAAACCCUUAAAAUAAAGCCGUCGUCUCUCUUCCGCUUAAUCUCUACCGCCACUCUCCCGGAACCACCAACCUCCGCCGCCUACGACGAACUAAUAAACACUGCCGGCCGGAACCAUGAUUUUGCCACCGUCAGCCACCUCUUAAACCAACGUUACGAAAAAGGGUUUUUCGCAACAAACAAUACAUUUAAAUUCAUUUCUACAGAUAUAUCUAUACUUAAUGAUGUAUUAAAAACAGUAUCAGAUCUUGAGAAACUACACUGUCGGAAAACCUCGUACACUUCCUUAAUUUCUACACUAUGCAAAAUAAGGCGCGUGGAUGACGCGCUGACCACGUCGAACGCAGCACUCGACGGAGAUAAGUCCAACGCCGACGCCGCUACUUUCCAUCCCAUCAUCAGCUUACUCACGCGGGGGAAAGAUUUUGACGGCGCGUGGCGCGUAAUUGGGCUAAUGAAAGAGAAAAACGUGGCGCGUGACGUCACGUGUUACAAUUACUUUUUGACGGCGUAUUCUAUAUCGAAAGAUCUGAAGUCAAACAUCGAUGUUUUGAAGAGGAUGGCUGAAGAAGGGCUGAAGGCGGAUGCGCGUACCUACGACGCGCUGGUGAUUGGCGCGUGUAAGAUUGGGAAAGUGGAUGGGGGGAUUUUGAUAUUGAAGAAGAUGUUGGAUGAUGGAGUUGAAGCAAUGUAUGCAACAUAUGCACAUAUUAUAGGGAGUUUAGUGAAAUUAGAGCGGUUUUCGGAUGGUGUGAAGUUUGUGAUUGAUCAAGGGGGUACGGAUAAGAAAUUGGAUGUGCAUAAUUUUGGAUUGUUGGCUACUAGGUUAAUUGGUGCUAAAAAAGUUGAUGAAGCAAAAAAUGUAGUAGAAGAAAUGGUCAAAAGGGAUUUGGAAUUGGAUGAUAAUUUGAGAAAAUUUUAUGAUGAAAAUGUUAAGGUUUGAUAGUUGGAUUUUGAAGUUGUUGGAUAUGGAUCUUCGUUGGCUUUAAUUGUGUUAACGAUUAGACUUGUAUAUAAUGUAGUAGAAGAUUAUGUAAUAAGAUGGAUUUAACAUGAUGACAUAAAGAGACCAUCUGAUUUGUAGUGCACUAUGUCUAUGUAGAGAUGAUCUUAACUCGAAUAGUGAUUGUUACAAACUUUUUUCAUUGUCUUAAAGAA